AAGUGUUUGUGAAAUCAAGAGUCACCAUGUCAGGGAAAGUGGAUCUGAAAGUCGUCAUGCUGGGGCAGGCUGCAUGUGGUAAAACAAGCCUGGUGGAACGCUUCAUCUACAACAGAUUCAACAAUAAUUACCAAGCCACAAUUGGGGCAGCAUUUGGUGCUCGUCGAAUGAAUGUCCAGGGAAGAGUAAUCUGUGUUGGUCUAUGGGAUACAGCUGGCAGUGAGAGAUAUCAAGCCAUGAGUCGGAUUUAUUACAGAGAUGCAGGAGCUGCUAUAAUAUGUUAUGAUAUAACAGAAAAUGAAAGUCUGGAACGAGCCAAGUACUGGGUAACAGAGGUGCAGAAGAAUGAAGAAAGGUGUCACAUUUACCUGUGUGGCACCAAGCUUGACCUGGUUUUGGAAGAGCCCCAAGUCCGGCAGCUUGAUUACCAUGAUGUUGUAGAUUAUGCUGACCAGGUUGGUGCCAAGGUGUUCGAGACAUCAAGCAAGUCAGGAGAAAAUGUUGAAAAAAUGUUUGAAGCUAUUGUAGAGGACUUUGCACGAGAUAAUGCUGAAGUCAUGGCCACUCUUGAGAAGUCUACCAUUAUUUUAACUGAGAGUCAACCAAAGAAGAGGUGCUGUUGAUAUGUAAGGCAGUUUAGCAACUGUGAUGUGUUGGUAUACUUUAAGGUAUAGAGCAGAGAUAAUGGUUGUUUUAUUGUUUAUUUUUUAGCUAAAUAUGACCUUGUUUUUAGCAUAUUGUUACCAUACAUAACUUAAUGUUUUAUAUAAGAAUGGUUGUUUAUUAUUGCAGAUUUAUGCUAUAUGCAAUGUUUUGUAUAAAUUGAUAUGUCCAUUAUUUUUAUCUGUUAGAUUUUUAUAUAUGAAGGGAUGAACCAGAAGUUGUGAAAAAGAGGAAAUAUAACUGAAGACUAUAACCUUAUGCAAUCUAUGUGUGUGUGUAUGCGUGCACACACACACACACACACACACACACACACACACACACACUCACACUCACACUCACACUCACACUCACACUCACACACACACACACACACACACACACACACACACACACACACACACACACACACACACACACACACACACACACACACACUCAAACACACACACACACACUCAAACACACACACACACACACACACACACACACACACACACACACACACACACACACACACACACACACACACACACACACACACACACAGUCACACACACACACACACACACACACACACACACACACACACACACACACACACACACACACACACACACACACACACACACACACACACACA